AUGACACUGAAGACAACAAAUGAAAUAUGGAACUUCCUAAAGAAGGAAUAUGAAGGAAAUGAACGAGUCAAAGGUAUGCAAGUGCUGAACCUUAUUAGAGAAUUUGAGAUGCAAAGGAUGAAAGAAUCAGAAACAAUCAAGGAUUACUCAGACAGACUUCUUAGUAUUGUUAACAAAGUAAGACUUCUUGGUACUGACUCUUCUGAUUCUAGAAUAGUUCAGAAAAUUUUUAUAACAGUUCCUAAAAAGUUUAAGACUACAAUAUCAUCUCUAGAAAACUCAAAAGAUGUGUCAAGUAUCACCUUGGCAGAGCUGUUGAAUGCAUUACAGGCUCAAGAACAAAGGAGGCUUAUGAGACAAGAAGGAUCUGUGGAGGGUGCAUUUCAGGUCAUAUCUCAGUACGAGAAAGAGAUGUAA